CUGGGACGCAGAGUGUGACAGGAAGCACCUGUGACGUGACACGCGAUCUGAGGGAGCACAUCUGAGGGCCCAGACCAGACGGGGGGGUAUGGACGCGACGAGCCCGCGCGCCCAGAGGCCCAUCUCUCUUUCUCUCUAUCCACCAUGUCUGCCUCUGCCUCUGCCUGGACAGCCGACGCCAACGAGGCCCUCUCCCUCUCUCUGGUGCGCGCGCCAGAAGACAAGGCCUCCCUCUGGUCAAGAGAAGUAUACGAAGGCUUCCACCCAACAUUCACAUAUCCAAUAUUCGGCGAGGAGGAGAAGGUAUACGGCUACAAGGACCUGGCCAUCGAGCUCAAAUUCGCGUCGGGCUCGCUCGCGCAAUACCUCAAUGUCCAAUAUUCAGAACGACUACCUGCCUCAUCCGCUGUAGACGAAAUAGAAGACACAUUAGCCAAGUUCAUCCCAGAAGGAUACUACACCGACGAGAAACGAUUCCUCGAACGCGUCGAACAUGAUGCCGCCAACUUCAAGCCUUUUGGCGAGAAGAUAUAUUCAUAUUCACGAACUGCCAUGCCCGUCUCGAAGGGCAAGAAUGUUGCCAUCCCUCAAGUACUCUCGCCGGAAGACCAAGAGACCGUAGACUACGAGGUUUACCAUAGCACUUGGAAGACACCGGGUUUCCGUGAAUUUCAUCGGCGAAUGCAGCUCUUUGUCCUCCUAUAUAUCGAGGGCGGCUCAUACAUCAGCGAAGACGAAGAGACCUGGGAGUUUGUCGUCCUCUACGAGAAGCGGCGGAGACGGUCCUCCCCCGACGUCGCAACCUACCACUUCGUCGGUUACUCCACCCUCUUCCCAUUCUACUGCUUCCCCGAGCGCGUCCGCCUGCGCAUCUCGCAAUUCCUCAUCCUACCUCCCUAUCAACAGGAUGGGCACGGCUCCGCGCUCUACACCGCCAUUUACCAGCACGUCCUUGCGCAGCCGCGCAUCGCGGAGCUCACCGUUGAGGACCCAGCAGAGGCAUUCGAGGACCUGCGCGACAGGAACGACCUUAAGAUGCUACUCGCAAACGAGAAGUUCAUGCGCGAGGGCUUCGGGCCCGAGGCCGUAUCAAGCAAUGGGGGCAAGGUCGGUGGCGUUGGUAACGGGAGGACGCGGAGGGGCGUGAAGCAUCGCACAAUGCGCGCAGGCGCAGGCAAAAUGGGUCCGCCUGCCGAGCGGACGUGGCUCGAGAAGUGGCGGACAGAGCUCAAGAUUGCAGGGCGGCAGUUCCACCGGCUCAUAGAGAUGCUCAUCCUGAAGCAUAUGGACCCUGCGGACGAACGUGGUAAUCGCGCGUACCGCCUGCAGGUCAAGGAACGGCUAUACCGCUUCAAUUUCGAGAUCCUCAUGCAACUCGACAAGCAGGAACGCCAGCAGAAACUCGAGGAGACGUUCCAGAGCGUUGUUGCCGAUUACAAACGCAUCCUAGGACACGUGCACUAGAACAUCACUCAUCCUGUUGCACGGACCCGUGACAGGUCUCGGGUCAUGGUUCUGCACUUCGGCCGUCCGGACAAUUCCACCCCUGGAUCCUGGACUAGCAACCUCCUGGGCUGGGUACAGCCUGGACUUCGUUCGGGACUUCGGGACGUCGGGGUCUGGGCACGACUGGGGAAUGGAGAUCUCGGUCUCUUGAUGUGCUCACCUUAGUGACGCUUACUACCACGCUGUGCUCAUGUUCGGAUUCGUGCGUUUGGACGACCUACUUCUCUCGGCAUCUAUACACCCUUGUACAAUAUAAGUACUCGAUACGGACGGUUACGCAGUCACGACUUGCCACAAGCUGCACGACGGACGAUUCCACGACGCCCGCGCCCCGUCACCCGUCAAGUGUAGCCGCGUCUAUGACGGCGCUGCGCUGGGUGUCUCGACCUUUGGCGCGGCCGACCGAGGGCGUACCAGAAUUCGCGGCGUGGCGGGGAAUGUGGUCAAGUCUUCGCCACUGUGCAAAUCGCCGAACGGUUCAACCGUACGUAGCCAUAAUCUGAUCGCUGUUGUUGUUGGGACUAGCUUCUAUCUGGCAUAUUGUCUGUUUGUCCUUGUCUCUGUCAUGCGUGUGUUCACCUCCUCCUGUCCCAAGUCCUCUUACGUGUAUAUGCCAUGUCGUGUCACACAAGCUCCAUCUACCUCCCACUCCGUUAUACAGUCUGGUGGAUCUCUGUGGCGGCCUGUCAACGCCACGACCAAAGCUCGUUCUCCUGUCACAAUUCCUCGCUCUCCCCCCUUCUCUCCUCGCGCUUACACCUCACGAGACAAGCUUACAUUCUC